CCUUGCCAGCUUUCUGGAAAUUGACUAUUGGCAGCUGUAGGAGCUCUAGGGUUUCUGGGUGGCCUGGUCCUGCCCAUGGAAUGAGGGAGCUUCGGGCCAUAGGCAGGACUCGGGAGCUCCGCCUCCAGCCCUCCCCUGCUGCCCGGCUGUGCCUGCUCACUGGAUAAGCCUCUGUGCUGUCCGCGGCAGCAGGAGUGUGGACGCUGUGAAUGAAUGUCUUUCCUCCUGGAUCCAAGCUUCCUCUCCGUAGGGAUGUGGUCCAUCGGCGCGGGGGCCCUGGGGGCUGCUGCCCUGGCACUGCUCUUGGCCAACACGGACUUAUUUCUGUCCAAGCCCCAGCGAGCAACCCUGGAGUAUCUGGAGGAAAUAGACCUGAAAACUCUGGAGAAGGAACCAAGGACUUUCAAAGCAAAGGAGCUCUGGGAGAAGAAGGGCGCUGUCAUCAUGGCUGUGCGGAGGCCGGGCUGCUUCCUCUGUCGAGAGGAGGCUGCGGACCUGUCCUCCCUGAAGCCCAAGUUGGAUGAGCUGGGCGUGCCCCUCUACGCCGUGGUGAAGGAGCAGGUCAGGACCGAAGUGAAGGACUUCCAGCCUUAUUUCAAAGGAGAAAUCUUCCUGGAUGAAAAGAAGAAGUUCUACGGCCCCCAGAGGCGGAAGAUGAUGUUCAUGGGGUUCGUCCGGCUGGGCGUCUGGAGCAACUUCUUCCGGGCCCGGAGCGGAGGCUUCUCCGGAAACCUGGAAGGCGAAGGCUUCAUCCUCGGGGGCGUUUUUGUGGUGGGAUCAGGAAAGCAGGGCAUUCUUCUUGAGCACCGGGAAAAAGAAUUUGGAGAUAAAGUAAACCUAGUGUCUGUUCUGGAAGCUGCUAAGAAGAUCAAACCACAGACUGCAGCUCAGGGAUAACUAGGGGCUCACCUGUGUCCCCAGGAUGCCCGGUUUCCACUCGUGCCACUUAGGCCAUCUUCUUAGUCUAGAUCAUUAAUUGGUUUAACUGUGCUCUGUUUAGUAAGACAAAAUAGGCCCCAAUAACACUGAUAACCUAAGAUCUGAGUAAGGGGUAUUUCAGCUAAAACCUGGAAAACACGAGGCUUAAAAUUGGCUGGAGCACCGCAUUACAAACGUAUAUGGUGUUUGAGGUGCUGUUAUUUGAAAUGAGUUUACUUUCAUGUCUUUAAAAAUCUAGGAAAAUUUGGUGAUUGACUAGAAGAUUAAGGAUAGAAGGCUUUUGGCUUGUAUGUUUUCUAUAAUGACUUGUUAAAUAACGUUAAAGUAAUAACAUAAAGGAACUGAUGUGCUCUGGAUGGCUUGAUAAAGGUAGAUCAUAAAAUGAAAUCUGUUUUUUGUCUUCCUUUCUAACCGCAGAGGUUUGUUUUUCUAGAAGAAAUGAUCAUCUCUGGCUUUACUAAAAUUAUGCAGCAGAAAUUGCCUGUAAUACAAGUUUUUCUGAUGAAGCCAACAAUAAAAAGAUUUACCAUAA